AUGGAAGGAGACUACUCGUACCCUGGACGGGUAUUGGAAAAUUACUCGUACCCUGGACGGGUAACGGAAGAAGUCUACUCGUACCCUGGACGGGUAAUGGAAGGAGACUACUCGUACCCUGGACGGGUAUUGGCAGAUUACUCGUACCCUGGACGGAUAACGGAAGGAGACUACUCGUACCCUGGACGGGUAACAGAAGGAGACUACUCGUACCCUGGACGGAUAACGGAAGGAGACUACUCGUACCCUGGACGGGUAACAGAAGGAGACUACUCGUACCCUGGACGGAUAACGGAAGGAGACUACUCGUACCCUGGACGGGUAACGGAAGGAAACUACUCAUACCCUGGACGGGUAACGGAAGAAGUCUACUCGUACCCUGGACGGGUAAUGGAAGGAGACUACUCGUACCCUGGACGGGUAUUGGCAGAUUACUCGUACCCUGGACAGAUAACAGAAGGAGACUACUCGUACCCUGGACGGGUAAUGGAAGGAGACUACUCGUACCCUGGACAGAUAACAGAAGGAGCUUACUCGUACCCUGGACGGGUAACGGAAGGAGACUACUCGUACCCAGGACGGAUAACGGGAGACUACUCGUACCCUGGACGGAUAACAGAAGGAGACUACUCGUACCCUGGACGGGUAACGGAAGGAGAAUACUCGUACCCUGGACAGAUAACGGAAGGAGACUACUCGUACCCUGGACGGGUAACGAAAGGAGACUACUCGUACCCAGGACGGAUAACGGGAGACUACUCGUACCCUGGACGGAUAACGGGAGACUACUCGUACCCUGGACAGAUAACGGAAGGAGACUACUCGUACCCUGGACGGGUAACGGAAGGAGACUACUCGUACCCAGGACGGGUAGUGAACAAUCGGAAUGCACAGGAGAAGUUGAAGAAGACACCUCCAUCCACCAGUUUAAAGCUAUAUUCCACAAGGAAUUCAAAAAAUAACAUAGUUAAAUCACACUGCAACAGGCACAGUGAGGUUGGUAGAUGA